AUGGCAAAAUUCCUGGCUAUGUUGGGCACUGGACUGGAAAAUACAAAUAACCGGGAUCCCAUUAAAUCAGAAUAUAUUGAGGCCUCACCAGUGGCAUCAACCGACCUUGAUAUUGCGAUCACGACGAAAGCCGGCGGACAAAACAAGAUUCUUGCACCAGAAGCAUCAAGCUCGGUAGAUCCAGCGACAGUGUCAAGCAUCCUUCCUGAAGCUUCCUCAUGGCCGUCAGUCACCGAGUUGACCACAUAUCCAACAUCAACUGGGCCGCCAACUGUCAUGGAUAUCGGUGUAUCGGAAGCCAGUCCAUCAAGAUCAACCAGUCCAAUAGAUGCAACAACCUCAUAUAAUUCAUCAUUGUCACCAAUCCCCUCGACCACACUGUCAAGCUCAAACUCAUCCUCUCUCAAAUCCACCGUAACAACCUCAACAAGAACCAUAACCUCAGCCUCAGAAACAACCUCAGCAAUAACCGACGCAACGGCUUUCUCCGGCGGCCCAUCAAAAACAACAAAAAUCGCCAUAGCAGUCCCAGUCUCAGUAAUAGGCCUGGCUCUAAUUCUAGCGCUCCUGUUCUUCCUCUCCCGCCGACGACGCCGCAACAAGGAACCUAACGGCCUGCCCCCAUCUUAUGACAUAGCAACAGGCCAUCGAAGCGCGGUAUCAACACAAGAGCUAAUGAUAUCUCCGAAAUCCUCGACACCAGAACCAAGAUAUCCACUUUCUACACCGGCAAUGUCCUCAACAGCCACAGCCAUGGCUCUACCCAUGCCUCGAAUCCCGAUUAUCAGCGUCUCUCCCUCAACAGAAAGUCGGGGCCGAACACCCAGUCCCAGUCCUAGCCCCAGUCCUGGGACCUCUUUGCGCCGCAUGUCUAUGAGCCGUGGACCUGGUGACUCUGUGCCAGAGCUUGGAGUUGCGGUUGCGGUUCCGAUGGAUCGUAGACGGAGUGCUACGGAGCAUGGAUUUAGGGGCCGGGUUGAAUCUGUUACAUCGUCGAGGGGACAGUUGUCAAGGGGGCCGUCGCAGUUGGCUAGGAUGCCGUUUGAGGAUUUUUCAGACGAUGAGGUUGGUAUUGGCAUUGCUCAUGGUGGCUCGGAUGAUGAGGAUGCUGUUUCUGAUGUGUCAGAUUUGGAUGGGCGGAGAAGGGAGAGGGACUUUGAUGAGCAUUCUGUGGUGUCUUCGUUUGGGGAGGUGUCGCCGAUAGGUGAGCAGGACAGGAGGCGGUUUAGGGGAGUUUGA